AUGUCAUCAAAUCCAUUCUGUUGUGAGGGAUUCAAUGACUGCAAACAUGCUGCUGAUAGAAUUUCGUUCCAUGAAAAUAGCAAAAAUCAUCGAAAGUGCCUUCUAACGUUUUUUAAGCGUUCUUCUGAGGCUGGAAGAAUAGACACUGAAGUUCAAAUCCAAAUCAGUAAAGAACGAGUUUACUGGCGAAAUGUUUUAACCAGAAUAGUUUCGGUAGUUCGGUUCUUGACUGAACGUGGACUUCUUCUAAGAGAUGACUGUGAAAAAUUCGGCAAUGCAAAAAAUGGAAACUAUUUAGGACUUCUUGAAUUGUUAAGCGAUUAUAACCCGUUUUUAAAAGAACACAUAAAUAAGUACGGGGGUGGUGGAAGUGGAAAAACAUCUUACUUAUCCCACAGAAUCUGCGAUGAGUGUAUCGAUGUUAUAGGAAAACAAGUGUUUGAAGAAAUUGUAAUGGAGGUGAAGACAUCUAAAUAUUACUCCUUCUCAGUGGACUCAACAUCAGAUGCUGCACAUAUGGACCAACUAACGUUUGUUAUCCGAUACUUAAAAUCGGGGGAGCCCAAAGAAAGGUUUUUGAAGUUUAUUCCCAUUUCUGCACAUACAGCAGACCACCUCUUCCACGAAGUCACUGGGCUGUUGAAUGAAAUGACACUAUUAAGCUCACUAACUACGUUCAUCAGCAAGAAAAGAGAUAGUUUUGACAAAUAUCUCACAUCAGCUGAAACAGCUAUAGGUUUUAAAUUUGAAGAUAGCGAGAGGAAGCGCACUGUAAAACGUAGUUUGAAGAUUGCAUUUUUUGACAACCCUCUAACCCCAGAAUCAGUGCACUCAGAAAAGGAGAAGCUAAAAAUAGAUGUAUUCUUACCAAUGAUUGAUGCCAUAUACAUCAAUCUCAGGGAUAGGUCAUCAAAAUACGACAUCGUAGCGAAGAGGUUCGGAUUUCUAGAAGAGAUCAUUACUUUGAAGGAGAAAGAUGGAAGAUUGGAAGUUGCUUGUAGCACUCUGGCAGAAAAAUAUGAACACGAUAUAAGUAGCAAUGAACUAUUUGAAGAGUGCGUACAUCUAAAAUGCUUUUUGGAAGGAUUUGGAACAAUUACUCCUGAAAACGGAUUAUGA